CAAUUGCAUGUCAAUGAGACUUGCAAUACGCCUGCAAGGCCGGCGCCGCUGCUGAGGCUCCGAGAGUGUUGUGUAGCUUGCUGUGGGUUAAUGUAGAAGAGGACACCUUCCUGUGCGGUAAGACCGUCGCUUGUCGUCUGCAUUUGCUGCGUUAUACCGGUAGGAUACGCAAAUCCCUGGUCCGUCAAACUAUUUCUAAGCGUUCGACAAAGUUGGCUGCGCCAUUGUGUCCAACAGGUUGCGCUAGUAGUUCUCGAAUUGAAGUUCUGUCGUGCCAACGUUGCGAUGCACGUUAAUCACAACGUGUAUUUGACGUACCAGGCUACCUGGUUGUAGAAGAUAUGGUCCACCGCAGUUCAGUAUGUGUCGGAGCGCUCUGUGUUCGUCUACACGCCGCUUGAUUUCGACGCCACGCUCAGGUCAGUCCCCAUGGCGCUGCGUGAGAUCAUGAUUCCCGGGUCGCGACUUGUGCCAUUGCUAGAGAAGCUGGCCGUAGUCACCGUGGCCGGUGGCGAGGGCACCUCCUCCUGGUUCUCCUCGCUCCCGGCGCGAGCACGAAGAAAAAGCUUCCGUAAGAUCACUGCCAGCAGCGCAACCCCAAGUGCCACAGCGAGGAUGGCAACAAUCAAGACCGUGUUCGAGUCAUCGCUACCGGAGUCGGUCUCGCUAGAUGAACCCCCAGCGACGCCAUCUCCGGUUCGCGACGCGGACACGGAAGUCGGUUCUGUGGUCGUCGAAGGUACAGAUGUAUCCGUUGUACUGGAUGCUGCACUGUUGCUAGAGCUUGUGCUGCUAAUGAUUGAGAAGACGUUGGAACAGUCGACUCCGAACGCACAGGAGCCGUCCACUUUAACGUAGCAGGCGUCAUCCGUGAAGGUGACGCAUGGUGGACACUCACCGGUGGCGACGCUGCAGGGUACGGUAGACACGCCGCCUUCAUAGCACGUCUUGAUCCUGGCACACUGUGAUGCCGUGCUGUUGGCUGUAGACUCGGCGCUUGUACCUGCACGAUCACAAGACCUUAUUAGUCAUGCUCUCCGAUAUCUCCACCGAAAUAAGCAAGUUAAGUAGCGUUCCUGCACUGCUGGCGAGGACCAGCACGACGAAUUGCCUCACUAUUCGCACCAUUGCUUGCAAGUCCUCCGUGCGGCGCGCGCUUCCUCUCUCUAUGGAGACA